UUACAAUGAGGCCCAAUACGUUCUCACUGCUUUACAAAACAUUCAAAAAGCAAUUUCAUCAGCCAAUUUACAAGGCCAAAUCAAGGUCUCAAUAGCAAUAGACAUGACUUUGAUCGGUAAUUCCUAUCCUCCCAAGGAUGGUGUUUUUACUGACCAAGCAAAGUCAUAUAUACAACCAAUCAUCAACUUUCUAGUGAGCAAUGGAUCACCACUUCUUGCAAAUGUGUAUCCGUACUUUGCUUAUAUUGGAAAUGAACAAGACAUUCAUCUUGACUAUGCUCUUUUUAAUCAGCAAGGAAACAAUGACGCUGGUUACCAAAAUCUCUUUGAUGCGCAGUUAGAUUCAGUAUAUGCUGCACUUGGGCAAGUUGGAGGAUCCAGUUUGCAGAUAGUUGUGUCUGAGAGUGGAUGGCCGUCUGCUGGUGGAGAUGGAGCCACAACUGUCGACAAUGCUUCUACAUAUUAUAAAAAUUUGAUUAAUCACGUAAAGAGUGGGAAUGGGACUCCGUUGAAGCCUGGUACAGCUAUUGAGACUUACUUGUUUGCCAUGUUUGAUGAAAAUCUGAAGAAUGGUGCAUCAACUGAGCAACAUUUUGGUCUCUUUAACCCUGACAAAUCACCUAAGUAUCAAAUAAGUUUCAAUUAAUUAAACAAAUAAUUCAAAGAAAUACGUAAUGUGUUGAAUAAAUUGUGCCAGUGUGUGUGCACAUGAUAUUAUGUUUGCAU